CUGACUUCGGUUAAUAGAACGCCUAGCCGCAUCAAGAAACCUGCGGAUAGUGCUCACUUGUAGGAGCACUAUAUCGUACAUUCUGAGACACCUGCUCACCGAGGCAACUACCAACUUGCCAAAAGGCACUGCGGCCAGAGAAAAGUGAGAAGUAUAUGCUAUCUCUUAUUACCUAACUUAAGAGUCGUGCUUUGAAGAUGAUUAAAAGCCAUAGGUAAGCGGCACAUUGUGGCUUCCACUGUCCCAAGACCCUGGGCUCGCCUGAGUUACAGGGGUUGCUGUCUACUGUAGGUAUGGGCGGGUUACCCCACCGAGGGGUUCUAUCACAACGCAACAGUGAAGUAAAGCUUGGUUGCCGUAUGCUGGGCUUGGCGACUGUACCAAGCAUCAACAACAAGACGUCGUCACAAGUCGAUAUAACCAUUUCCCAACUUUUAUCAACAUAUCAUCUAUCUACUUACCAAAACUUCACUUAGCUAGCUGCUAAGGUUAGUGAGGACCGAGGACCGAGGACCCAGAUCCGCGACCCUCGGCUGCGGAUUGCACACUUGCGCCUCUCCUGCACACGGGUCAUAGCGCUUCCCAUCCACCAUGUCUCUACUAUCAGCACACUUUGAGCAGAUUGCGAUAUCAUGCCAAGGCAUUGACAGUCUCCCAUUCCCGCCGCCCAGGAUCUUUACCAAUGCCCUUCUCUCCAACCCCGACAUCACGUCUCUGAUCCGCGACACCGAAUCCCACGAACGCGCCUUGUUCUCUGUCCCGCCCCCGCCACCUCCAGUAACGACCCAGCCCCACGAGAACCCGAAGCCGUCCUCGCGUAGACAAACCGUGUUCAAUGUCGCAUCCGGCGAGGUCACCACCUCGGCAAGCACGAGCCGAGCAGGCGCAGCUCCCCGGCGCAACACAGCCGUCGCAGCAGUCCUAGGAGGCGAUCUCCACGAGCAAAUCCGACGAAGCGAGCGGCGCGGCGGCAAAGACGCCGUCGACGUCGAGAUGCUACUCAAAGGCGCCGAGAAACUCUGCGGCGUAUACCCCCUCCCCGGCGCCUUGGACCGGAUAGCGGCGCAGCGCACCAAAUACGCCCACAGCCAGAACACGCUGGCUUACUACGAGGCCAAGGUCGAUGAGCAGGCAGAGGCGCUGAGGCAGAUGCACAAAGAUCACUGGAUGGACGAAGAUGAAGAUGAGGAGAUGGAAGGUAGUGGCGGUGGUGGAAGUGACGAGAUCGUCACGGAGGAAGAGCUGAAGAUGACAGAGGCUGAAGUCCGCGAAUUAGAAAAGAAGAAAAGGGAGCUCCAGGAGAGGUUGCGCGGUAUGGACAAGGACCUGGGAGCUUUAUUGAAUAUGUGAGACGAUUGAUUUUAUGAUACCCCCCUUGUAAAGAAUGGCGUUUACUAUCACGAGUCGAUUAUAUUCACUCUGCUAGACACAAUUGUAGGACGGAAACUCAGAAGUGUGAAAUAUAUGGCCAGUAUGAAGACUGAGCUUGGAUCGAAUUACAUGACUAGAAAAUAUGCUCCGCUAUGUAUAAACCAGGGUUAUGAAUACCUCCGGUCGCAUCUGUACCGUCAAGCAGUAUUUCCGCGUACCAAAUAUCUGAAAUAUCGGUUAUAGACGCUCCAUCAAACGGAUCAACUGCU